AUGAUGAAUAAUGCAAGCGAAAUCUCACCUCCAAAAAUUCCACCAAGACCAAGAAAACAAAAGACUUCUGAUCAAUUGAAGAUUAAUGAUGAUACUGUGACUUCCGAAAGGCAUGAAUUAACAACAGAUACCAAUACUGAGAACGAGUCAGAACUAGAUCAUAGAGAAAGUGAAAAUAAGGAAAUUGAGGAAAUUCGAGGAACGGAAGACAAUAGUAGUAAGCAAAUGAAAGAGUCUUUUGAGGUACUGAACGAGAUAGAGGAUGAGCAUAACGGUGGUGAGAACACACAACUGAUUGUUGAAAAUUUGUCAGAUGGAGAGAACACAUUGGGGAAAUCUUCCAAUAAAGGUACGUUUGAAGAGAAUACAGAAGUAGCAGACAAGAGAGCCAGUGUUGAUAAUGACGAGGAAACAAUUAUGCAAGAAAAUCAACCAGUAAAACAGGAAGUCUUGGGCCAAGAAGAUCAAUUAGCAGAUCAAGUUAAUGAAAAAAUUAACGAAAAACAACCACAUGAUAAUUCGGUCGAUAGUGAAGAUGAUCUCAAGGUUUGUGAGAAAGUCGAUGGUACCGAUAUUGAAGCUGUAAACACCGACAGCACCCCUAAUCCCGAGCAGUCCCAAAACAAUGAAAGCGUUGAGCAAAUCCCAGACAAAGAGGUAUCCGAUGGUUCGAAUGAAAUUCAAACACCCACAGUUCCCGUUCGUCCUGAUCGUAAGGGUAAAGCUGAUUUAACAAAAGAAGCUGAAGGAACUGAAUUCCCAACAAAAAGCAAAAAUAACGAAACUGAGUUAUCAAAUAUUGCAAAGCCAGUACUUUCGGAGAAUUCAGAUUCAAGUUCUCCAAGAUUGGAAGGGGCAAGCCCAAUUAUUCCUACUCGACCUAAAAAAAGUGAUAGCCGUAAAAAAUCUACUACUUCCGUGGAUAAUUCAGAUGAAAUAAAUGCUGAAGAUCGUGCGGGAAGUGUUUCUUUAAAAGAAUCAACAUCAGAUUUGAGCUUGACGGAAUCACAAACCGAGAAUUUAAAACCAAAUGAGGAUAGCAGUGUUAACUCGAAGACCUCGAACACCGGUCAGUUACCAACAUCAUUUGUUCCUAAAAUUCCUUCCAGACCAAAAAAAGAGGAAAAUUCUUCCGCAAAACCUAAAGCACCACCACCAAAACCAAAGAAAUUAUCAAGUAAGAUUGCUGCAUUUCAGCAGCAGUUAUUUCAACCCCAAAACAAGCUGGAAACAGAUGUUUCUGAUAAUACUACAGAUUCGAUUCAGGAAACACCAAAAUCAAGGCCGAUAAAUUUUAAAAAGUUCGAGGGUAAUGGUAUUCCCUUGCCAGGUAUGUUCAAUCCGGCUAUGCUACAUGUGAAUCAACAACAAAAACCAGCAGAAGCAUCAGAAUCGAUACCUAGUGCUGCUACUAGCAACAUCAAAAGAACAAGAGGACCAAAAGGUAAAAAAUUACCAAAAGCUAUAGCCAAUGCAUCUGUUGAAGCUGAAAAUAAUUUUAAUUGGGAAAGUGGUUCUUUAUGGUCAUUCAAUUUUGGAAAAUUAAAAAAGAAUGAGAUUGAAAUUUCAAAAGAUGAGAGAGUGGACGCAGAUACAGAACUAAGAUCACAACCACCUGAAUCACUGCAGAAGGAUGUUCCUAAUGAACUCGAGGAUCCACUGGACGAGAAUUCAGAAAACGUUUUAGAGAGUGACGAACGGCUGACCUCAGAAACCGAUUUUAAAGGGAAUGAACUUAAUACUUCAGCAUCUGAUAAAGAAGAACCAGACGCUUUACAUAUGAGUGAAAAAGACAAGAUUCCAUCAACUACAGUUCAUAUAAAAGAUAAUUUGACUGAGAUUAUUAGUUCAAGGUCUAGAAAUAUAUCUGAAAUUUCUUUAAGUAAUGAACCUGAGGGCAUUGAAUCGGAUAAUAGUUCUAACACGGUUUCAAACCCACCAACAUUUGAAACAGAAAUUAGUCCGGUUGAGCAAACUCAACUCGAAAUCGGUGAUUCCACUCCUGAUACUGUUGAAAAAGACGCGUCUUUCAAUGAUUAA